UCAGAUGCAAAGAAGAAGGAUGAAGGCACACAUUUUGAUAUUAGUUUUUGUAACGCUUCAAGGUAUCGCGAGGUCAUUUGAGGACGAGAGGACACUGAUCGUUCAAUUUAAAAGUGACAUAAGUGCUUCCGAGGUUCAGGAUUUUGCAAAAAGAUACGGACUGGACAUGAUGAAUAAGGUGUACGGUAAUUACUAUUCAUUUCUGGACAAAAACCAAGACAGCGACUCCCUCACCUUACUAGCUUCUGAUACAAAGGUGAAAUGGGUAGAUUACGAGACAGAAGAGAUGUACACCCUGUUGUCUACAGAUGUUAACACUUGGGAAACCAUAAAGGAUCCAAUGUGGCGAACACAAAAGUGGUAUUUGAGUGAACAGCCUUUCAAUGCAAAGAGUGGAUGGGAACACUGUUACACUGGACGAGGGGUGACAAUUGGGCUUUUGGAUAAUGGUGUACUGGACCAUCCUGAUUUAUCGGUUGACAGAGCGCUGAGCAAAAACUUCUGGGGUAAUGUUCCAGUUCAGUCAAGAAGUCAUGGCACCCAGGUGGCAGGAGUUGCAUCGGCAAAAUCGAACAAUCUUUGCGGAAUUGGAGUGGCACCUCAGGCUUCCAUUGCUGAUUUGCGUGUAUUCGGUCAAAAAAGUACACUUAAAACUACGCAUUUAAUGGAGGCCUUAUCCUACAAGCCAAAGGACAUCCACAUUUAUAGUAACAGUUGGACAAUAAGCAACUCUGGGAUUUCAGUUGGUGGACCAAAAAAACCUGUACUAGAUAUUUUGGAGGAGGGAACGAAACUGGGACGUGAUGGAAAAGGUUCGGUGUAUCUGUGGGGAACUGGCAACGGAGGGCCUACCGGUGACAGCUGCGCUUACGAUGGCUAUUCCAACUCAGUGUUUACCCUUGGCAUUACAGCUGUGGACAGAAACAAACAUAUGCUGAAGUCUGGUGAAAAUUGCUCUGCAACCUUUGCUGCAGCACCAUCCCAAAAUACAGGGGGAACGGAAAUUGUGACUACAUUUGGUACAGACAAGUGCACAAAGUCUUUCUCCAGGUGCUCAGCCGCAGUGCCAAUGGCGUCUGGAGCGAUAGCUUUAGUCAUGGAAGAGAAUCCAAAUCUAACAUGGAGAGAUAUAAAGCAUCUUCUUGCACGGAGUGGAAGUAAAGAUGGACUCCUGCCGAACAACUUUGAAGAAAAUGCUGCUGGCUACAAAGUGUCACCAACAUUUGGAUUUGGUGAACUAGACAUAGGUCGCUUAAUUAACAUGGCACACCCUGAUAACUGGUGGUCUGUUGGAGGCUGGAAAGAAAUGAAACAUUGUGUGGUGGAACCCAAUAUAAAGUGGUGGUAA